CGGGAAAACGUGUUUUUGUAGUUUUGUCAGUUUUCGUAUGUGACAAAAAUGAUAUUAUUUUUAGGUUUGUAAUUUGUGAAUUACAUUAGGGGCAUAAUAGACAUUAUACCAUUUUGAAUGAACCAUCUCCAUUCAAAUGAUCCAAAUUGGUUCAGCUGAAUGGACUUUAAAAUUAAGCCUAAAUUUUCAAAAGUCAUCCGAAUGAUCCGUCUGAAUGAGUUGCACUUUUAGUGUCUAAACAAACAAAUCUCUCAUUUUCAUCCAAAUGACUUAUCCAGAUGGAGAAACAAACAGGCCCCAAAUAUAUUUUAGACUUAGGGUAUGAAUGAUGACCAGGGAACGGCGAGGAAUAAUGCAUUCCCUAACGUUCCUGAAAAAAAUCACCAUUCACAAGGAAUAAUAAUUCUCUCUCAUUCCCUUUCAUUCCUUUAUUUUGUAGAGAAUUAAAGAACAAAAGUAUUCCUUGUUAAAAGUGAUAAGGAACGACAAUUUAUUUUCAUUUCUGCUAUUUUAUUCCCGAAUAUUCUUUUUUAAUCUGUUCCUCUUGUUUCCCGAAUGGUCACCAGUCAGACCCUUACUAUUUUUUUAGUUAAAUUUUAUGCUGCUAUGUAAGCUAAAUUGACAUCAUAAUUAAGUGAUAUUUAAGUUAAAAUUUUUUUAUACUAAUACAAACUUAAGAUUACCACUUUUAAAUGUUUCUCUAUUAAUAUAUAACGGAUAGUUUUGCAGAAAAAUAAAAAUAACUUAUAUUAAGGGUGAAAUAGGAACUACAACUCCAUUUAUCUCUUUUUAUUUUUUUGAUCAACACUCCAUCAUCUUUCUCACGGUGCGAAUUGAAUGAUACUUCUUUUUCGCGUGCGGCUAAUAAACCCUACAUUUGAAAGAUCAACGGUCGCUACAAAAAGACAAAACCCAAAGACGACUCCGAGUUUCCACUGCAAAGCUUCGAGCUUCGAGAGCAAAACGAUGUCCCAUUCUUCUGCGCCUCGGAUGAGAAAAUGUCGGCAGACAAAAAAAGAAGAAGAAGAACCCCUUGGAGGAGAUAUGGAGGAUCUCUUCAGCGAAAAGGAGACCGAGAACAUCAGAUUGUCUCUGCUUGGUUGGUACGAUGAGAAUCAGCGAGAUCUUCCAUGGAGGAAGACAAGGAGCGAGACUGAAAAGGAGAGAAGGGCUUAUGAGGUUUGGGUAUCGGAGAUUAUGCUGCAGCAAACUAGGGUUCAGACUGUAAUGGAGUAUUACAAACGAUGGAUGCAUAAAUGGCCCACCAUCUACGACCUUGCUCAUGCUUCCCUUGAGGAGGUAAACGAAAUGUGGGCAGGUUUGGGGUACUAUCGACGGGCACGUUUUCUUUUAGAGGGAGCAAAGAUGGUUGUUGCAGAGAAGGAGGGCUUUCCUAAUAAAGCGUCUAGCCUUAUGAAAGUUAAAGGAAUAGGAGAAUACACGGCCGGAGCAAUUGCCUCCAUUGCUUUUAAUGAGGUGGUACCUGUUGUUGAUGGUAACGUGAUUAGAGUGCUUGCCAGGGUAAAGACUAUCUCAGCUAAUCCGAAAGACCGGCUUACUGUCAAGAAUUUCUGGAAACUAGCUGCACAACUUGUGGAUCCCUCACGUCCUGGAGAUUUCAACCAAUCUCUGAUGGAGCUUGGUGCGACUCUAUGCUCCGUAUCAAAGCCAAGUUGCUCUUCUUGUCCUAUUUCCAGCCAGUGCCGUGCAUAUUCUCUUUUCCUGGAAAACGGAAGCAUUCCCGUGACAGAGUAUCCUACAAAAGUGGUCAAGGCCAAGCCAAAGCUCGACUUCUGUUGCGUAUGUGUUUUGGAAAUACUGAUACAGGAGAACAACCGCUCAGGAGGUAGAUUUGUUCUUGUAAAGAGACCCGAAGAGGGUCUGCUUGCUGGUCUUUGGGAGUUCCCAUCUGUUAUAUUGGAUAAGGAAGCUAGUGUGGCAGCAAGGAGGAAGGCGAUCAAUCUCUACCUUAAAGAAGCAUUUCAUCUAGAACCCAAGGAAACAUGCACUGUAGUCUCAAGGAAAGAACUUGGAGAGUUUGUCCACAUCUUCACACACAUACGUCGAAAAAUUUAUGUGGAGCUAUUAGUCGUACAACUUGCAGAAGGGGGAACAAUUGAUAUGUUCAAAGAUGAGGCAAAGGACACUAUGACAUGGAAGUGUGUGGACAGUGAUGUUCUUUCUACCAUGGGACUGACAUCGGCUGUAAGAAAGGUGUAUUCAAUGGUUGAAGCACACAAGCAAGAUUUAUCUGUCUCAUCAAAUAGAACAGCCAUUUCCAGGAAACGAAGAAUCACAUGAUCUUCUUCUCACAAUUGUCUGUAUGUAUUGUGUAGCAUUUGGAUAUCAAAGGCAUCAAAGACGGGAAACACUUUCGAUUUUUUUUCAAAAAAAAAAAAAAAAGCCCAGAAACACUUGUGAUCUUGUUUUCUUGUUAGCGUUGGUACUCUCAUAAUAUAUUUGUGUUAGUUCUUGAUUAUAUAAGCAAUAUUUAUAAGCCUCAGGUUGUUUCUUACUAAGGUUUUGAUUAUCUUCUAAGUAGGAAUUUUUUAAUCUUUACUUUAGUUUCUGUUAAAUUCAUUAUGCUUUUGCUUCAUUCGAUUUAAGGUCUACCAAGUUGAAUCAGUCUGAAUUUUCUUAAAAAUAAAACAUUAGCUACGUUUAAACAAGUCAUGUCCAAGCUCGAGUUCCACUUCUCAUUUAACAAACCUGAUAGAUUAUAGCUAUCUGUAACUCGGGAAUGAAAAGAAAGACUAGAUUUAUUGAUUCAAGCUUGUUUGUAAGAUUCGUUUUAGAAUCUCAUAUCGAUUAUUUAACUUAUCAACGAUCUUUUAGCGAUUGUAAGCAAAGAGUCAUCACGUCUCUAAGCUUAACAACAAGCAUAAAAGAUACUCGUACAUUCUCUCACACUUAAGUAAACAAACACUCUUCACAUCUUCCACUUGAUCUAGCCGCAGCCCUCCGAGUCAAUCCAUAUCUUUCAUUUCCUCAUUAAUAUUAAAAUCUCCAAUGUCUCCAGCCACAUCAGCCUCUGUUUUUCUUCUGAAGCAGUUCAUUUUUCCUUUGGGGCUAAUACACAUUUUAAUUUUUUUUUUGUAACACACACAUUUUAAUUUUUUUUGAUCAACUCACACACAUUUUAAUAUUUAUCAAUACUUCCUCCAACAAAAUCAAGCUUGCCCUCAAGCUUUUAAUGUGGAAACUAAAUGAUAUAAUCUCGAUAAGAAACCAUGAAUUCUCUUUUUUUUAUAUCAAACCCAUGAGUUCUUUAAAAUCUGAUUUUCAAUCCAACUAAUUAACUAGAAGCUCCAAUACUCCAAAUUGAUCAUAGCGCUUAUCCACCACCUAAUCGAGUUCCAACAACGAUUGUACAUUGCCUUCACACACCACUAGUAGCUCCACCACCCGUUCAUGCUGGCCCAAAGCACGCUUGAGUUGAGAAACAUGAAAGACAGGGUGGAUGCGAAACUCUUCUAGUAAACUCUGUCUAUAUAGGCUGCAGGUCCCACUCUCUCCAACACUUGAUAGGGAUUGGGAUACUAACCUCUUACAAGAUUAUUUCCAUUAUGACGACCUCUUAUCCUCUGGUUGAGACAUAGUAAUAUAUGGUCCAUAGAUGGCUAUGCAUGGAACCAUAAGAAAUCAGAAUUUUAUUUCGUUAAAUCUGGAUACCACUCCCUACGAAAGCAUAACCUACGAAGUGUCCACACUCAGGUUGUCCAACUAAAUAAUACUGGUUCACAUAGCCUUGUGUGGAGCUUGAAGGCUCCAGAAAGAUGAAACACUUUAUGUGUUAACCGCUCACAGGAUGUAUUGCUGACUAGGGGUGAGAAAAAAAAAAAACAAACCCAACCAAACUAACCGACCCAACCAAAUCCAAACCGAUCCAAACCAAACCAAAGUAUAUGUCCAAACCAUUUGGUUCAAAAUUUUAUCAACCCAAAUGGUUUGGAUUGGUUUGGUUUGAAACCGAACCAAACCAAAAAAUCGAAACGUUUUUUUAUUAGAUUAAUUAAAUAUAAUAAUAAUAAUAAUAAUAAUAAAAUUUAAUACAUUUAAUCAGUUAAC